UUCGCAGAAAAAAGCGAAGAUUGAUUGUUUCUCUCUCCACAUUUCUUGCAAGUCCUCUCCUUCUCUUCUCUUCUCUUCUCUUCUCAGGUAAUUUUCAACGAUUCCCUUUUUCAUUUCCCUUCCUCUUCAUCAUCGUCAUCGUAAUCUUCAUCUUCUUCUUUUUCUUCUUCUAUCCUUCAUCGAUUGACGCUAUGUCUAGAUCAUCACCGCUUCAAUUUGACCUUUGCGUGAUUUCGCUUUGACUGAGUCCUUUCUUUAGUUUACCCUUCGUCUGAAAAUCCCGGUUGAUCUUCAGCCUAGAAUUUUCCGAAUUGACCUAUGGGGAGGUUGUUUGUGGUUCAUCUCGAGGGGAAGGUCUAUAGCUGCAAACACUGCCGUACCCAUCUUGCUCUCUAUGAAGACAUCGUUUCCAAGUCUUUCCACAGCAGACAUGGGAAAGCUUAUCUCUUCAGUAAGGUCGUGAAUGUUACUGCUGGAGAAAACGAGGACAGACAGAUGCUCACUGGGAUGCAUACUGUGGCUGACAUUUUCUGUGUGGGGUGUGGAUCAAUUGUGGGUUGGAAAUACGAGACAGCUCAUGAAAAAAUCCAGAAGUACAAGGAAGGAAAAUCUGUACUUGAACGGUACAAGGUGUCAGGUCCUGAUAGCUGCAAUUAUUGGGUCGGCCAUGAAGCACAUGGUGGAAGUGAUGCAGAUGACGCUUAGUCAUCUGCCUUUGACAAUUGAAUUGUACAUUCUUUAAUCCCCUUCCCCUGUUGUUCAACGAGUGUGGAUUUUAUUCGGGCAGUAUUGCAAAAUCUGCAUGUUGUCCCAAAGACAAUUUAAAUACAUUUGAUUGUUAAUUCUGAUGUAAAAAAAAAAACAACUAAUGUUAAAACUUCUAAGUUCGAAUCAAUCAUGUUUUUCUUGUUGUA